CUGUCAAACCUCUAGUAGACUAAAGCAGGCUGAUGUAGCGUAGAGUAGCUUGCUAAAGCGUCUACAAUACACGGUAGUCUAGCCGAAGAUGGUAGCAGUGUACACCUCCGCCCAGUCAGUCGCUUCCACCGAGUGGAUUGUCUGCCUUGACAAGAGGCCAGCAGAGCGCUCGGGGGAGGAUGUGGACAUCAUUCUGGCCAGGCUGAAGGUGGUGAAGGCCUUUGCGAAGUUCCACCCCAACCUCCUGCAGCAAAUCUGUCUGUGUGGCUUCUAUGAAUACCUGGAGAAAGGAAUCACCUUGUAUCGACAGGGAGAUAUUGGCACUAGCUGGUAUGCUGUUCUGUCUGGCUCGCUUGAUGUGAAGGUGUCUGAGACUGCCAACUAUCAGGAUGCUGUAACUAUCUGUACGCUGGGAAUAGGGACUGCGUUUGGAGAGUCUAUACUGGAUAACACACCACGGCAUGCCACCAUUGUUAGCCGAGAGAACAGUGAACUCCUGCGCAUUGAGCAGAGGGAGUUCAAGACCCUGUGGGAGAAAUACAGACAGUGCAUGGCAGGACUGCUCGCCCCUCCUUAUGGGGUAAUGGAGAGCGGAGCUAGCAAUGACAGAAUGCCAGACAAGGACAAUCUCAGCACAGAUCCACUGAAUUUUAUGUCAAAAAAUCUGAACAAGGUGCCAUCAGAAAAGAUUUUGAGGGGAGGCAAGGUCUUACGUAAUGCAAUUUUGGCGAGAGCUCCCCACAUGAUCAGAGACAGGAAAUACCAUUUGAAAACAUACAGGCAAUGCUGUGUGGGCACUGAGCUGGUUGAUUGGCUAUUACAGCAGAGUUCAUGUGUUCACAGUCGAGCCCAUGCAGUUGGCAUGUGGCAGGCUUUGCUGGAGGAGGGAAUUCUCAACCAUGUGGAUCAAGAGCUUAACUUUCAGGACAAGUACCUUUUCUAUCGUUUCCUUGAUGACGAAGAGGAGGAUGCAGUGUUGCCUAGUGAAGAUGAGAAACGAGAAGCAGAGGAAGAGCUGCAGGAGACCCUCCUCUUCCUCUCACAAAUUGGCCCAGAUGCACACAUGCGCAUGAUUCUCAGCAAAGUGCCGGGGCAGAGGACACCUGAAGACCUGGAGAUUAUUUACGAUGAGCUGCUGCAUAUUAAAGCUCUUGCUCACCUCUCCAACACUGUGAAAAGAGAACUUGCUGGUGUACUCAUAUUUGAAUCACAUGCCAAAGCAGGCACAGUCUUGUUUAAUCAAGGUGAGGAUGGCACGUCCUGGUAUAUUAUCCAGAAAGGAUCUGUAAAUGUUGUCAUCUAUGGCAAGGGGGUGGUUUGCACUCUGCAUGAGGGUGAUGACUUUGGCAAGUUAGCACUGGUCAAUGAUGCUCCACGUGCUGCCUCCAUAGUUCUGAGAGAGGACAACUGCCACUUUUUACGAGUGGACAAAGAAGACUUUAACCGCAUACUCAGGGAUGUAGAGGCAAACACAGUACGGCUGAAGGAACAUGAUAAGGAUGUAUUGGUGCUUCAGAAGAGUCUUCGUCCCUCCAGUCAUGGAAAUGUCCCUGCCCAUUUCAAGUACACUGUGAUGUCAGGAACCCCAGAGAAGAUUCUGGAACAUUUGCUGGAGACAAUGCGUCUGGAUAUUCAUUUCUCUGAACCAGAUCCUGCUCUGGAUGACUUUGUUCUCAUGCACUGUGUCUUCAUGCCCAACAGCCAACUGUGCCCAGCCCUGCUAGCCCACUACCAUUCUCAGGCGUCUCAGGGUUCAGAGCAGGAGCGCAUGGACUAUGCUGUGGCUAGUAAGAGACGUGUGCUGAGCCUGGCUCUGCGGUGGGCCAACCUGCAGGCCCACCAUCUGCUGGAGGAUGACACUGCACUCAGCUUUCUAGAGGAGCUGUAUGGUUUUGUAUCAGGUGACACCAGGGUUUUACGCCCACUGAGGGAGCUACUACCAGAACUGGAGAAAAUCAUUAGGCAAUACCCUGACGAUGCUCGAACUUCUCAAAAAAAGCAUAAAGUUCUGUUGCGGCAGUUUAGCUCUGGAGAAGAGAGGCUUGCAAAGAAGCACCCAAUCAGGAGCUUUGAUGACAUACUAUUGAAAGUGUACUGUGGUGAUCACACAUAUACCACCAUCCGAGUUCCUGUGCUAGCAACUGGGAGAGAGGUGACAGCAGCUGUAGCUGAUAAACUAGGUUCUACAGAGGAGCUACUUCUUAUCAGCCUCAGUUCUUCUGGAGAGAAACUGAUUCUGAAGCCCAAUGAUGUAUCAGUGUUCCAGUCACUAGGAGUAAAUGGGCGGCUGUUUGUCUGUACUAGAGAACAGCUUGACUCACUGGCUUCUCUUCCAGAGCAAGAAGGUCCUUCCACGGGUUCCAUGUCCAGUUUUGAGCUUAUGAGUUCUAAAGACCUGGCUUUUCAGAUGACCCUGUAUGAUUGGGAACUCUUCAGCUGUGUGCAUGAGUAUGAACUGGUAUAUCACACAUUUGGGCGGCAGGCGUACCGUCGCUCCACAGCCAACCUGGAGCUGUUCUUGCGCCGCUUUAACCAAGUACAGCUGUGGGUAGUGACAGAAGUCAGCCUGUGUGGUACCCUCAGUAAACGGGUGCAGCUGCUUAAGAAGUUCAUCAAGAUUGCUGCCCACUGCAGAGAGUUUAGGAAUCUCAACUCCUUUUUUGCAAUCAUAAUGGGCAUGUGCAAUCCAGCUGUCAGCCGGCUCGGGCAGACAUGGGAAAAGCUGCCCAGUAAAUUCAAGAAGUUCUACGCAGAGUUUGAGAGUUUACUAGAUCCAUCCAGGAACCACCGUGUGUACCGCCUCACUGUGGCUAAGAUGGAGCCACCAAUCAUUCCUUUCAUGCCCCUCCUCAUUAAAGACAUGACAUUCACUCAUGAGGGUAACAAGACGUUUGUUGAUGGACUGGUGAACUUUGAGAAAAUGCGCUUGAUUGCUAAUACAAUCCGGGCAGUGAGACACUGCAGGAGCCAGCCCUUCAAUGUUGAGGCAUCUCCAGCCAGUAAGAAUCCCCAGGAAGUGCGCAACUAUGUGCGACAGCUGUCUGUGAUCGACAACCAGAGGACCCUGUCCCAACUCUCCUUCAGACUGGAGCCAAGACGAACCUAAGAGCCAAAAUGCUCAGUGAUCCCACUCUUCUCUACAGUAUCUACAUAUUUCUUUCUUUUUUUUCUCAUGCUCUCUCUGAUACAUAUCUCUUACUGUCAUUCUGACACACAGAAACACUCAUCCAUAGCCAGAAGUGGGUAGCGUAGCAUAGCCUAAACCAAAACCUUACUUAAAGUGGGGUACCAGUGAUUUUUCAGAAUGUUCUUGUAAUUCAGUUGUUGAGAUGCAAAGAAAUUCAUGCAGAGUUCAAUGUAAAAUGCUGCAUUGUAGAAAAAUGUACUAACUCCUUACAUUGGUGGGUAAAGGUGCCAGAGGUCACAAUGUCUGCAACAUAAAUGUAGCCAUUUUAUUUACUAUCCAAAAUGACCAGUGACCCUACAUGUCUUCUGAGUUUUUAUAUGUGAUUUUGAUGAUGGUAAAAUAGUGGAAAAUCUGAAAAUAUUUUUUUGGGCACUGCAUCGCCCUGUAUUGCCCUACCUCUCAACCUUUAAAUGUAUUAAAAAUAAAUGUUUUAGACAAAACUGUACCUCAAAACAAUCAUGAAACAAUGUCUCAGGCAUCAGGCAGCAUCUGUAAAAAAUUCACUCUUCAGACAUUUGUUUCUCCAAAGCGUUGUGGCUGUGUACGUUUCUCUAGAAUGCAGCAUUUCAUACUAAACUACUCUUGUGCAGUAGUUUUGAAAAAUCUGUGAAUUCCCCUUUAAGUACUGAGUUCCAUAAAGAACUGCAGCCAAGAUUAGUUCACCCAGCAUCUAUAUGAAGCAAAUAUUGUUAGCUGCUAUUCUUCUCUUUGAUACAAUCUUGUCUAAAAUAAACUAGCAAACCUCUAAAGAGGUCCUUUUAAGCAACAGUAAAGGAGUAUAGGUGCUGUCAGUAAUGGAGUAAAAUGAAAAAGUUAUUGACUGAAAGUUUGCAUGUAUGAAAUGAAAGGAAUGACUAAAAUGCAGUUGACUAAAAUGUAUGCUACUAUCUUCUCAAGAAAGUUUAAAAAUACCCAGCAAAAUACAAAUCCAACAUCAUUUAUAUGAGUACAGGUAACCAAGUAAAUGGAACUAGUCACCUUUGUCCAUAGCUUGCAUACAGUGUCCACCAUUAGUAAAUCGAAGCUAUAAGCUGCAAAAACUGUUGAAUACUUACUGUGUGUGCUACCACUGCCAACUGAUCUGUGUGUAUGUAUGUAUAAGGGCAUUCAUUUGUGUCCAGAUUUACGUUUUAAAAUAUGUGUAUGCUGGAGGAGACCUGUGUGUUUGUAUAUUCGAAUGCAGAACUUUGAACACCCCUCGUUAAAUGACAUGUAUUGAUUAUGAUGUUGUAAAUGAAAAUAAGUUAAAACAUUUCUAUUAUUUGGCAAGCUUACACAAAAAAACCAAAUAUAUAUAACAGCAUUUAUAGGGGUCCAAGCACUGUCAGCCUUCAUUAGCACAAUAAGUCUCCAUUACCAUUAAGUUAUUCAUUCAUUUUCAGUGUCUUACAAAGCCCUCAAGAUACAAACCUCACAUUGCUUUGAAUUGCUUCGGUAAGGACAGCUCCGGUGGGAUUUGAACCUGAGCACCUUCUGAUUGGAAGGGAGAUUUUUUUUCAUGGUGAGCCACAAGUGGCCUAUGGCAACAUUUACAUUUUUCAGACAGUUUAUUGGUAAAGAGCAAUAAGCAACCAAACACCAUUUCCUUUCAUUUUUUAAUAUAAUAGAUCCUCUGUUUAUCAUUCUGUACAAAUGUUUCAAAUUCAUCCAUCCAUCCAUCAAAUUUUGAGAUGAUUUGAUAAAAACUAAAGUAAUGGCGCCACCACAUGGCCAACUGAGGUCAAAUUUUAUAGGAUAUUAGAAAAUGUCUGUGUGGACAUAUUAUUCAAUUUGUGUGAUGAUUUGUGUGAUGAAAUGUAAAAUGUUGCUCUAAGGCACUGCCAGCAGGCCAGUUGAUCUCAAUUUGUUUGCUGGAGUAGUGGGUCCAAAACUACACCUAUGCACCAAAUUUGGUGUCUGGAUCACUUACAGAGUCUACCCCCCAGUGUCAUUAGGGCUCCAUGCUCCUACAGUGCUUCGACCCGUAAUGAAAUAUAAAAUGUCAUAACUUUUUCCAAGCCCACAUUUUAUGUUCAUUUUGCCAAUAUGUUAAAUUAAAAAAUAAACACUAAUUGCUAUUAAAUGAGCAGAAGUAAAAUUUAAGUGUACUUACUUUCACUCAGUCAGAAAACAUGUAAUUUGACCAGUAAUCCCAAAAUUUUGUGUAUGUGUAUUUACUCCAUACAAAUUAUUACUGCCAGUCAUAUCUACAGAUAUGUAGAUAUCUAGUCAUUUGCUGGCAUUCAAAGAGCUGAUAUUCAGUGCCGAAUGACGCAUUUAGUGUGUGUGUGUGUGUGUGUGUGUGUGUGUGUGUGUGUGUAUUAGUGUCCUUAGAUUCAACACAAAGUGUGCUAAAACAAUCUGAAUAUGCCUUGUACUUUGAAAAGGCAGUCAAGUCAUUACUAUAAUAGACCAUUACAGUACAGUGUAAUCCUAUUUUCAGUACUUAUGAAACAUCUGUAUGUCCCUCAGAACAUUACCUAGUCAUAGAAGGUUUUUGAAGGUCUUUAAAUAUUACUUAACCGAGUUGAGCGAGGCCAGUGACUUAAUGAAAUAUUGUGUGUGCAACUAUGAAACAUCACACUAAUGAUGCUUUGUUUAAAUCUCCCAAUCUUGUGUUCUUUUAUUUGAAGCCUUUUAUAGUGGGCUCCAUCAGUAUUUUUGCUCAAGGACUAUUUUUAUUGCUGGUAUAUUUCUGUGCUAUCAAUUUACCUCUUGCCAUAGCCUGUAGCAUUUUCAAUGUCUUUUUGUAUAUUCAGACAUAUUUGAAUAUUUUUUUGGUUGACAUCAUUUUGUUAAUUUAUAUUUUAAUGAACCUCAGAAUGCCUUGUUUGUUUUCAUCCUGCCUUGGAGAAAGCAUCUCUUAGAAGCUGUAGAGUUCUUUAUCUGUUGGAAUAUGUUGGAAUAUGCCUCUACUUACACUGUAUAUAGUAUAAUCUAAAUAAACGUAUUGCUCAGUGUU